AUGGUUUAUACUAAGAACAACGAAGUCAUUUUCAGCACUCACUUUAUUCAAAAUGGUUCUUAUAAAUUUCUGGCAAACGUUGAUAAAAAAUCAUAUACUUCAUCAUUCGAUCUGAACGUCCAUUUGAAUCCUCAACAAUCAAACAAUUCAUCUCCAGUUGAAAUUAUGGCUAUGGAUACAUUUGCUUCAGAUGCAAUGAAAAUGAUCAUGGCUCUCAAUAAUUAUCUUGAAGAAAAACAAACCGUAAAUAAUGCAUCAGAAACUCGUUUAUCCACCAGUAUGUCAUCGUGA